UCAGAAAUUCAUGAUUUCAGUUUUUCUUUUUCAUUUGAUUAACCGACGAAUUCAAAAUUGAAGUAUUUUAUCCUUAUAUCCGAUUCAAUAUACAUCUAUAUAAUCARUUACAAAUCGUGAAUGACCAAAAGGACGCAAACUUGACAGUUGUGCGGACUUUUGAACAAUAUUAGUACAUAGAAAAAAAAUAAGAUGAGCAAUUAUUCCACUCCAAAAAUACUGCGCUCCACAGCAAAAUUACCAGAAACGCCUGCCUUGGAACGCAUUGGAUAUGGAACUGGUGUCGGUGUGUUCAAUUUGCAAAGAAAAGAUCAGUCGCCGUGGGCAGCAAAAAUUAUCAGUCGUAAUGCUGGUAGAGAUCGCAAACAGUUUAGCAACCGUUUGCAGCUAGAAGCUAAAGUGUUAUCGUCACUCAACCAUCCUAAUAUAAUUGGCUAUCGAGCAUUUGUCAAGAGACCUGAUGGCCGAGAAGUACUGUUAAUGGAACAAUGUGAACAAAGCUUAAUUGAUUUGAUUGAAACACGCAAGGAAGAGAAUCUUGGACCAUACCCUGUAGAAUAUAUCACAAAGGUUGCUGUGGACAUUGCAAAAGCAUUAGAAUAUUUACACUCAUCUUUAGUAUUGCAUGGAGACAUAAAAUCUGGGAAUGUUUUGGUGAAAAAUAACUUUGAGAUUGUAAAACUUUGUGAUUUUGGUGUCAGUUUACCUUUGAAAUUUGAUGGAACAUUGCAUAAAAUCAAAGGUUGCAGAGCAUUAUACAUUGGGACUCCUUGUUGGUCUGCUCCAGAAGUAUUAAAAGGUGAAGAAUGUUUGGGAGCUAUCAUCACAAGUAAAGCUGAUAUUUUCAGUUAUGGUUUGGUACUUUGGGAGAUGAUGACUUUAUCAUUCCCAAACUCAAGUACWGCAAUUAAUGAAUCAUAUUACACUGGAAUGAGUGAUGACUUGGAUGCCCAUUUAGGUGAGAGACCACCAAUACCUGAGGGUUUGGCAAGUGAUCCAAGAUACAAACAAAUUAUUGAGCUGUUUAAUAUGUGUACAAUGCAAGAUUAUAAAAUGAGACCUUCAGCAAAACAGAUAUUACAGUUUAUGGGUAUUUACUAACCUUUAAAUUAUUUGUUCUAACUAUAAUUUUAGUACUUAUAUUAAAAUAAUUUUUAUGUGCCUUAUUUGUUUUAUAUUUAAAAGUAUACACAUUAAUGCUUUUCAAUUGUUUAUGAUAUGUUACCAAUAAGAAUAAUUUUUAAGCUUAUGAAAGUUUUAAUUUCCUUGCAAAAGCUAUUGAUGUUAAAAAAUAUUUAAUCUAUAAAUUUAAUUCAAAUUUCU